AUGGCUACUCGCUACGAAUCUGUACACCAGAACCUCAACGGACCCGGCGAUGCUCGUCCCACAGCACUUCAGAUUAUCGAAGAUGAAAACCUCAAGGGGAAGUGGUCCGACAAGACGGUCUUGAUUACCGGCUGCUCCUCAGGAAUUGGAGUCGAAACAGCUAAAGCACUUUACGAAACCGGUGCUACAAUUUAUGCCACCGCGCGGGACCUGAACAAGGCCAAGUCAGCCCUCGGCGCUAUUCUUGAUAGCGGCCGUGUCCACUUGUUUGAACUUGAUCUCCAAUCUCUGGCUAGCGUUCGCAAGUGUGCAGAGACAUUCCUCGCGAAAUCCAACCGUCUGAACGUCCUUAUCAACAACGCUGGUGUCAUGGCUACCCCCGAAGGUCGGACUGCCGACGGAUUCGAAACCCAAUUCGGCACUAAUCAUCUCGCUCACUUUCUGCUGAUCCAACUACUCCUUCCUGUCCUCGAGAGAUCAUCGACCGCAGAGUUUCAAUCACGUGUUAUUAUCCUCUCGUCCGUCGCUCACUGCGAUGGCGAGGUGAACUUCAAGAACCUCAACUUCGAGGGCGAAUAUGAUCCAUGGAAGGCUUAUGCCCAGAGCAAGACCGCCAAUCUCUGGACCUCCAACGAGCUCGAACGUCGCUUUGGGCCAAAGGGUGUGCACUCAUUCAGCGUGCAUCCUGGUGCAAUCAUGACCGGGCUUCUGCAACACUUCUCGGACGAGCAAGUGAAAGGCUUGGGCGCUGAUCCUCAUUUGGCGAAGAUGUUCAAGAGCCCAGAGCAGGGUGCAGCCACAACAGUGUGGGCUGCCACCGCAAAGGUAUUCAAAGGUCAAGGAGGCAAGUACCUUGAAGAUUGCCAGAUUGCGAAGCCCCGGCCUCCCAAUGUCGGUCAGUACGACCCAGGGUAUGCAUCCUGGGCAUAUGAUGAGAAGAAGGCAGCGCUGUUGUGGGAUAAGUCUCUGGAGCUUGUAAAACCAUUUGUUUCGUGA